AUGGGAGGCGACCCACCACUGCGACGAUUUUCAUUCUACAUCCCAUCACCCUCUCCUUCAAAAUCCAAUCCAAUCCAAUCCACCACCACACCACAAGAAUCCGCCACCAUGUCCGAUAUCAUGUUUGCCUGCAUCCACAACGCUGGUCGUUCCCAAAUGGCUGCCGCAUUCUUCAACAGACACAAGACCCAGCCCUCCAUCAAGGGAAUCUCUGCCGGAACCAACCCCGCCACGGAGGUCCACCCUGUUGUCCGCGAGAUCAUGUUGGAGGUUGGUAUCGACCUGUCCAACAUGACCCCUGUCAAGCUGACGACCGAGUUGGCACAGACUGUUUCUACGAUUGUGACGAUGGGAUGUGGCGAGACAUGUCCCUAUGUUCCGGGCGUCAAGAUUGUCGAUUGGGCGAUUGAGGAUCCCAAGAACAAGUCUGUGGAUGAGGCGCGUGUUAUCCGGGAUGUGAUUGAGCAGCGCAUCAAGGACUUUAUCGCUGAGAACAAGUAUUAA